AUGUUGGGACCAAGGAAUGAGCGGGUAUUCGACCCGAAUGCGUCCAUCGUACUCAUCGGAUGUCGAGGAGCUGGAAAGCGUACUCUCGGCUUUAUGGGGGCUCUUCAUCUUCGUCGCCGUCUAGUCACCGAGGACCACUAUUUCGAGAAGCUCACCGGAAUGUCCCGUGGCCAGUUCCUCCUUCAGCACGGAAAGGACCUCUUUGCGCGUCAAGACGUUGAAGUUUUCAAGCGCAUGCUCGACAGCAACAGGACCGGGUGCAUCAUCGAGUGCGGCAUGAGCAGUCUCAGCGAGGAGGCCCAAGACGCCUUGCGCGAGUACUGCAAGACGAAUCCCGUCGUCUACAUCCACAGAGAGAGGGAGCAAAUAGCGGCUUUGCUGGAUGCGACGGACGCCACGGCCCUUCUCAAAGCGGAUGAGAAGCAUAGGGAGUGCUCCAACUUUGAGUUCUACAACUUGGACGACUCAGCAACCCAUUUUGUCGGUACCUCCACAGCAGCGGAUAGCCGGCAGCCGGUUCCAUCAAAGCUGCUCAAUGUCCGGGAAGACUUUACGAAAUUCCUGGAUCAGAUCACCGGCAGAGGUGCGACAAAAGCAUGGCUGGAAAGCCCCUUUUCCGUUGCUGCCAUUCCUCCCGAGUUCCGCUCUUACUCUUAUGCUCUGCGCCUUCGCCUGUCAUACCUCCAGGAAAUGGAUAUGGAGUUGGAAGAGUUUGAGGCCACUGGAGAUUGUGUUGAGUUUAUCAUCGAUCAGUGGCCCGAUGAUGUCGUGGAAGUGGUAUCAAAACAGGUGGCGCUCCUGAGGAGGAAAUUGGGGCUGCCCAUCAUCUACCAUGUGGAAGAAAACCCCCGAGGACAGCGGCGAAGGGCACCAGAGGAGAAGAACCCAGUGGACUCGGAUCUUCUUGAGCUAGGCCUACGAUUGGGUGUUGAGUAUCUAAGUCUCGACCUACAACGCGAAGAAUCCCUCAUACAGCGUGCACUCCGUUACAAGGGCCGGUCCAAGGUCAUAGGAAACUACUGGUACAUGGGCUUCGGUGCUCCCCCUUGGCACGACGACCAACAUCUCGAGAACUAUAAACAUGCCCAGUCUCUCGGCUGCGACCUGAUUCGAAUGGCCCGAUUCUCAACAGGCGACAGUCCAGUCGAAUACCUCGAAUCCUUCAAGAAGCGAGUCGAACAAACCAUACCCAACCCUCGCCCACCACUCGUAGCCUACGACUUUUCCGUCCUCGGCAUCCGCACCCCCUUACAAAGCAAGAUCCUCAACCCCGUCAAGCAUCCCGACAUGGACACCGACCAAGACUUUCUUGCCAUCAUCAGCACCUAUCGCCACUCCUACGGCCUCGAGUUCCAGCAAUUCCUGCUUGAUCCUCUGGAAUUUUACGUCACAGGCUCCAACGUCUCCUGGUCCCUCUCUCCCGCCAUGCAAAACGCUGCCUAUGAGUUUUCCGGCAUGCCGCACACCUUUCAAGCCGUUACCUGCUCGACGCUUGACCGAUUGACCCAGAUCUGUUUAUCCGACACCUUCGGCGGCGCCAACCUGACGGCUCCCUUCAAAGUAGCCAUCAUGCCGCAGCUCAAAGUCAAGUCACACCACGCCACCGCCAUCGGCGCCGUCAACGUCGUUUUGCCCCUGAGGGGAAAAACCAACGCGAUCCUGGACCACGCCAACUCCCGCAACAAGGCCGGUGCCGCGCAAGAGUUCUUUGGCGAUAAUACGGAUUGGAGCUCCAUCUUCACUUGUCUCCGGCGCGCUAUCAGUCCGCGGAAUUACGUACAGCCUUCGAAAACCACAGGGCUGGUCAUCGGCGCCGGAGGCAUGGCAAGGGCAGCGAUUUACGCACUGAUUCAGCUUGGGUGCAGGAAUAUUUUUGUUUAUAACAGGACGGUGGAGAGGGCGAGGGAGGUGGCGGAGCAUUUUAAUAGUUGGGCUCAGGGACAGCAGGGCAUGACACAGGUAACGGAGAUUUGCAGGGUCAUUGAACGGUUGGCAGAUCCGUGGCCGGAGGGGUAUCAAUUGCCUACUAUGGUCAUUUCAUGUGUUCCGGCGACGAAUCUGGAUGGGACGCCGCCGGCGGACUUUGUGAUGCCCGUGGGGUGGUUGGGAAGUCCGACGGGGGGUGUAGUUGUUGAGCUCGCCUACGAACCACUCAUCACGCCCCUAGUCGCCCAAAUGUACGCCUACCGCGACCAGGUCAACCCCGCCUGGGUAGUCGUCGACGGCCUCGAGGUCGUUGCGGAGAUGGCCAUCGAGGCUUUUGAGCUGAUGACGGGGCGGAUGGCGCCCAAGAGACUGAUGAAGGAGGUUUGUAGGAUGACUUGGGAACAACAGCAACGGGGAGGUGGAGAUGGGGCUUCGGGGUUAGUUUUGUGA